AUGGAAUUCCCAGAGCGUGUUGAAUAUGUUGCCAAGCAACUCGGUAUCACAGCUGACGAGGUUCGUGACAAGCUUGCUCAUGCCCCAGAAGACCCAACAUUCUGCCCAGAUCCAGAAAAUAUCGCCCAACACGUCGAUUUCACAGUCCUUACAGCCUUCUCAACAACAAAGGACAUCGUUGCUCUUUGCGAAAAGGCCAAGAAGUACAACACAAAGGCUGUCUGCGUAAAUCCAAACCGUGUUCACAUCUGCAAGGAACAACUCGCUGGCACAAACAUCCGCAUCGCCUCCGUUGUCGGCUUCCCACUCGGCGCUACAACAUCAGCUGCCAAGGCUUUCGAAGCUAAGGAAGCUGCAAACGCCGGAGCCAUCGAAAUCGACAUGGUUAUCGAUAUCGGCGCUCUUAUCGAGGGUGACUACAAGAAGGUUCGCCAGGAUAUCGCCGAAAUCGUCGCCGCUGUUCCACAAUGCUACGUUAAGUGCAUUAUCGAAACAUGCUACCUCAAUGAGGAACAAAUCAUCGAUGCUUCCAUCCUUACAGUCCUCGGCGGUGCUCACAACGUCAAGACAUCCACAGGAUUCGGCACAGCUGGCGCUAAACCAGAACAUGUCGCAAUCAUGAGAAAAGUUGUUGGUCCAAAGUUCGGCGUUAAGGCUGCCGGCGGUGUUCGCACUAAGGAGGCUGCUCGUGCUGUCAUUGCUGCUGGUGCUUCCCGCAUUGGAGCUUCAUCUCCAGCUCUCUUCGAGUAA